ACAUUUAACUCAUGGAUUGUUGGUCCUAGACACAAAUCUGUGAUUAGUAUGCUUGAAGAUAUUAGGCAUAAAAUGAUGGAUAGGCAUGGAGAUAUGAUUAAGUUUGCAGAUACUUGGAUCAGUGACAUUUCACCUAUGGCAAGACUGAUUUUAGAAGAAAAUAAAGAGAUUGGCAAGGCACUAAGGGUGAAUUGGAAUCAUGACAUUGGAUUUGAAAUCCAAGAAGGAGAGUAUAGACACAUAAUUGAUAUGACUAAAAAGACAUGUAGCUGUAGGUUGUGGCAGUUGAGGGGCAUACCUUGCCAACAUGUAGUUUGUGCCUUAUAUCAUAUUGGGCAAGAACCAGAAGAUUAUGUGGAACAUUGGUACAAAAAAGAUACAUUUCUAAGUGCAUAUAAGUACUUUUUACAACCCAUUUCCAAUAUGGUAAUGUGGCCUGACACCAAUAACCCACCAGUUGAGCCUCCUGAAGUGAAGCCAAUGCCUGGAAGACCAGGUAGAUGUAGAAGAAAAGAUAAAGAUGAACCAAGAAAAAAGAAGUGGGGAAAAACAUCAAAGAAUGGAGUGAAGAUGUCAUGUUCCAAAUGCCAUCAAGUUGGGCAUAACAAAAGAACUUGUAUAUCAGUGGUAAGUACUUUUGUCUUUCUUUUAAAUUUUAAUCAGUUUUAUACUUCUAAUUGUGUGUCUUUACAGCCUUCUGAACAACCCACACAACAGCCUGCAAGGCCCUUUCAACAACCACCAGUGAGGCAGCCUUCACAACCACCAGUGAGGCAGCCUAGCACUGGAAAUGCCUCUUCUUUAUGUGCAGAUACUUCAAAGGUUAAAGGAAGGAAAAAGAAGCAGUCAACUGCAAGGGCAUCAUCUUCUUCAGUUGCAUGGACAUCAUCUUCUUCAGUUGGAAUGCCACCACCUUCUUCAGUUGGAAGGCCACCAACUUCUUUAGUUGGAAUGCAACCAGCUGCUUCAGUUGGAAGGAAAAGAACAAGAGAUGUGGGAUUUGGUGUUUACACAGACAUACAAUCUGGAAGACAAGUGAUUAACCCAGGAAGAUCAAGUGAAAGAGUUAUCUCAAGUGGAACAGGGGUGGCAUUUAAAGAUGCAUCACAAACAAAUGUUGAUCUUGGAUUCAAGCCACCUAGUUUAAAAUGGAAAGGAAAAGAUGCAAUGACUGGAAAUCAACUUCAACAAUUGUCAAAGAAAAAGGUGCAAAGCAAAUCCAAGGGAAAGUGGGUUCCAUAAGAGCUCAAAGUCUUACUGAUGUGUAUAAAUGUUGAUCUGGGAGG